UACAGUGCGUUAGAUGUUUGACGAGGUGAGUCGUAAUAGUAGUACGCCCAGCUCAGCGUAGCAGCAGUAGCUACAGUAAGAAGAGACCAAUAGAGUGGGGAGCUCGGUAUUAGUUACGGCAUCCUCGGCUGUAAUCACAGUUAAGUCCUAUAGCACCGAGGCUUGAAGAAACGUUUCUCACCUGAUCUUACCGUCUGCUCGAGUUAACGUCGUUGCUUCAUGUGUCAUACGCAAAAAAGCUAAUGGUUCGACCAAAAGAUGAGAUUCUGCUCGAAGCUUCUGCUACUGACUCGUCCUCAACAUAGUAAGUUUUUUCAUCGCUGUACCAUCAUCACGAACAGUAACAUUCACCUCGUGUUCAACAGUGUACGUUAAGUGGCCGCAGUGGCACGAUUCUCCGAGUGGCGCCUCCAUCUCCUCUCUUAGACUGGCCUUCUCUUCAUCUCUUUCUCUCCCGUUUGCUUUGGUUUAUUUUUUCUUUUCUCUUCUUAUGUUCACUGUCCGGUAUUUCGUUUUAACUUGGUGAUGCUUACCCCUGCUACCGCUGGCACAGGUUUUCUGCCGCAAUACAGGUAUACGUUUGGUAGCAUUCACUAAUAUUAUACACACAUACAUCCCUCGCACUUUCCUCGGCGGCGUUGAGGCAGCAGCGGCCACCGUCAUCACCAUCGCCGUCGUCGUGUCUCGUUCGUACGUACGUUUUACCCGGGACCAAGUGAGCGGCAGCAUUGUGUAAGCUGUUCCCGGCGCCAACUGUGCUUAACGCCACCGGUGCCCCAUCCAGAAGCGGCGCGAAAGUGCAAAACAAAAUUGCAGCAGAAGCUGUAAUAGCAUAAUUAUAGUAACAAUAGUUGUGAAUUAAUAAAUUUACAAGCAUGGCAUACGAAGUGAGUGAAGUGCUUAGCGAAGACAGCUCUGUCAUCGAAAUGCUACGAACCAAGCCCCAAUCCCGGCAACGACAGCAGCAACAACAUCGCCCACAUGACUCACAUUAUAGGAACGUCAUGGGAAGCAGGCGUAUAUUUCCACCUUCGUUUAAGGUCAAGGUGCUAGACUCCUAUCGCUACGACGAUGAUUGCAAGCUGAAUCAGCGCGCAACCGCACGUAAGUUCAAUAUACACCGGCGCCAAAUACAAAAGUGGCUCCAAAAUGAAAAGACUCUGCGCGAGUCUUGUCUCAAUGGCGUUAGUACGGCCUCGAGCAGCAGUGUUGCUGUCCCCACGGCUUCUCCACCACAGGACCAGUCUUUGCUCAACCAACAAUACCAUCCGCAAUCGAGCGAACCAACUCCAGUUUCGCCGGCCUUGAACCUCAGUCUUGCCAGACUGCACGGCGACGAGCUGGCCGCUCAGCAGCAGCCACCCCCUUCACCGAGUACAGCGCAAGCGCUCGCUAUUCACCAGCAACAGCAUUCGCCACAGCAGUCGGAUUACCAAUUCCGAGUCUCGCCUGCGGCAGCUACGACGCUUGCCGUAGCAGCCACCGGAUAUCCGGACUUUAAAAACAGCCUUCCGAUUCGUCAGCCGGCGCCGGAUCAUUACUCUACCCCAAUUCACCAGGCACCCGCCAAUUACCCGAUUCUCGACGUGUACCAUCACCAGCCGCUGGUCUACCAGGCCCAUCAGGAGCACCAAGCCUUGCCAACCAUCACCCAACAUUGCUACGAGCCAAACCUCGGUGAAAACCUUCAACGAACGCGUUACCACCCAUCAUCGCACUUCCCGAUGACCUUCGAGCCGAAACCCGAAUCCUCCUCGUCCGCGUCCUCUCCCUGCUCUACCUCCUCGCCACCACUCCAAUCUGAAGAUGAGCAGAAACGUCGGGCAUCAUUCAUCUCGUCGACCAAUAUCAAAAUUGAGCGCGCCAGUCCAGACUCGUUGAUUACGACGACGGUCCCCACCACCAGUCCCAUUUUCUCCAAAACCACGCAAGCCCCAAUCCCAGCACCGAUUCCAGUACUCAGACCCUACAACACUCAAAGGCCUUUGAAGCGCGAACGUUCUGACGAGGAGGACAACUGCGAGGAGCACCAUUUUAACGGUUACCAUCCCAAGCAGGCUCGCAGCGACAGCUGCAGCCCGUCCGCUAACCAUGUGGACCAAGUACUUGUGAAUUCUCUGCCACUGAGCCCAGACAGAUCCAGUGCCUCGUCCGAUAGCGAAACGGAGCCGCAACCGUGCGGAAACGCUGAUCUCGUCCGCCGGAGGUCCUACACCUUAGGUUUCAAGGUCAAUGUGCUCGACGCCUUCCACAAAGACAAUGAAAUCGGGCAAAAUCAACGAGCCACGGCGCGCAAGUUCGGCAUCAACCGCCGCCAGGUACAAAAGUGGCUGGGCCAGGAAGAAGAUCUCAGGGAACUCUUGAACAUGUACAACAGCGGAAAUCGUCAGCGCCUGGGACCAGUCCAGGAGACCGAAGAGUCGGCCGUAGACAUGAGGAUGUCAUUAGUCGCUAUUACCGAUCUUGGCCGGAUCUCGCCAUUGUCGCACCAUCCAGAACCCUACAGCUCAAAGUACAAGAACGCCAUGUCACCCAGCAACUACAUCGAUUCCUCGCUUACACCGCCCUACAGCUCCCCAGGCUGCUCGUUUUCUUGCUGUCCGGAAGUGCCCCAGACGUAUUACUGCUACUCGCCACCCGCUGACUUAAAGUCGUUGAAGCGCCCAAUGCGCACACCGUCCUGCGAUCUACCACUGGCCAAGAAAGUUCACGCUGAAGUUGUAGAAACAACCCAAUUUCCGGAACUGGAUGAACCUGAACAGGAGAGCGCACUCUGCCUGGUAAAGCCGAAAGGCGACUCGACGAGCCAGCACAAGCAACAGCAGCCCGUGGAACCGGUCUCGAGCACCGUAUCCAGUCCUCUGGCAGUGCCCGUGGUGGUACAGCCGUCCCGCAAGAAGGAUGCUAUCCUCUUUAAACCCUACCUGGACAAUCCCGUGAGCAAGCCCUGCCUCGAUGAGUCAGCCAACAACAACUGCCAGAACGUUUGCAACCUCAACGAGCGAUCUGGCCACGAUCUCAAGCUGGAGCUGAGCUUCAAGCUGCCGGUCAACUAUAGAGCUCAGGAGCUGCAGUCUCAACCCUCGUACUUGGACGUCUCCCAGGCAAGAAGUGCCUUCGUCAGGUAUCCCUCGAGCGUUCACUACUCGUAGUCUCACCAUAAUAUUCAGAGCGUUGCCUUAAUUGCCUUAAUUGUACAAUAUACGUUUAUUAUUAUAUUUUACGCGUAAUGUUAUAUAUACUUAUUUUGUUGGAGGACUGAGAGAGCUGAACAGAUGGGAUCUAGUCGGUAAUUGAGAUUUAAUCCCUUCUAACGAAAAAUUGUUUUAAAUUUUAUCUUUGUACUUUGAGGUUCGGUUCUCACUCGAAGACAUUAUCAAACGGAAAAUAAUUUAGCAAUGAGACAUCCGUCGUAUUAUUUUCCUUAUUUACAAUUUAAAAACAAAAUUGUACACAUGUGUAAAUAGACAUAUUCGAGCGCUAAGCAGCAGAGAUAUUUUUGUACCUCAUAAGGUCAGAUAAAAAAUUCUGAAAUAAUGUUAAGUAACAAUAACUUUUUUUCUAGACUUGUUACAACGAAAUCAAAAUGGUGAAGAAAAAAAAAUUUUUUUUAUUGCGUGCCUUCACUUUCGCUGAGAAGAGAACUCGCGAUCGGUGCUUUGUUGAAUGCAGGAUUCAAAAGAACGGAGUGCGAUCUCGAUUCAAAGUCUUGACGAACGAAACAAAUACUAAUUGCAACUCAUGUGCCUUAAACGUGCCUAAGCGUACGGAUAUAUAGGAAGAUAAUAUUUUUAAGAGAUAUAUUGCUCAUUUUAAACAGUAUUUGUUGUUCAGACUGCCAAUCGAGCCCACAGCAAAGAAUAAUUGCAUAAUAACGCAACACACAUAUACGAUGCAUAUUGGUGUAUUUUUUCCAACGAUUGUCAUAGUUGUAUAUACAAAUGUUGAAUAAUCGUAUUUGUGUUGCAUUUUUAUACAAUUGUUCUUUUUAACUUUUAACGUAAUACAAGCUUAUGUAUGUAUAUACAUAUAAUUUAUAUAGCUGGAGCAGAUUUUAAUAACAAAACGGAGCAUACCGCCUAAUGACUGAAAAAGGAGCAGGUACUCGCCUAGUGCCUUUAGCGUGCUCCCUAGCAUCUAAGCGGUCCGUUGCAUCAUUGCCCACAUGAGUCUAAAGCUAUCUAUAGCUAUCUGUAUAUUAACUCAUUAAUAAUAAUAUUUUAUAAGGUAAGACGGCACUAUUUUUCCUGAAUACUGAUUAUAUGAAAUAUCUCAUAUUGCGUACGUAAAAUGCAUGAAAAAUAUCAUUUUCGUUCACCUCUUUCUCCCAAAUUUUUCCUCCCCUUUUUCUAUGCACUCGAUGCUUCAAUUAUAAAUAUAUUAAAAAUUUUCUUCUCUAAUAUAUGAUUUUUUUAAUCCAUCUUACUGAAGGUACAAGAUAUUUUAUGUAAUUAAUACUGAGGAAAAAUAUUACCCUCAUAUCUUAUACAAUAUUCGUCUUUUGUAUAUAUAUAUGAGAGAAAAAAAAAAAUUAAUAAAGAAAGAAAUUGCUCUAUACUGUA